GCCUUAUGCAUGAACUACAGAUAUUAGCUGUCAUUUUCUUUAUUUAGGGUUUUCGUUGUAAAACCUUGCUACCAUCAACACAAGCUAACUUGAGGAGGUCACGUGAUACAUGUACUAUCUCCGCCCUGUACAUCCGCAAAAUGGAGGACCGUGAAGCUAAAGAACCCGAACAGCUCCGAAAGCUGUUUAUCGGAGGUCUGAGCUUUGAAACCACAGAGGAGAGUUUACGGGCCCAUUUUGAGCAAUGGGGAUCUCUCACAGACUGUGUGGUGAUGAGGGAUCCUAACAGUAAACGAUCCAGAGGUUUCGGUUUUGUAACUUACUCCUGUGUAACUGAAGUUGACGAGGCCAUGAAAGCAAGGCCUCAUAAAGUCGACGGGCGAGUUGUUGAACCAAAGAGGGCUGUGUCCAGAGAGGACUCCAACAAACCAGGAGCACAUCUGACAGUGAAGAAGAUCUUUGUUGGUGGUAUCAAAGAGGACACGGAGGAGCACCACAUUCGGGAAUAUUUUGAAAAAUACGGAAAGAUUGACUGCAUCGACAUCAUGGAAGAGCGCUCCACUGGGAAGAAAAGAGGAUUCUGCUUUGUGUCCUUUGACGACCAUGACACUGUGGACAAAAUUGUCGCCCAGAAAUUCCACACAAUAAACUCCCACAACUGUGAAGUCAGGAAAGCUCUAUCAAAGCAGGAAAUGAAUGCUAUGUCCAGUAACCGAGGACGGAGCAGCGGGUCAGGAAAUUUCAUGAGCAGAGGUGGAAAUUUUGGAGGUGGUGGCAACUUUGGUCGAGGUGGCUAUGGAGGACGGGGUGGUUAUAAUGAUGAUUUUGACAAUGAUCAAGGAGGAAAUUAUGGUGGUGGACCUGGCUAUGGAAGUGGCCGAGGGGGUUAUGGAAGUGGCGGUCCGGGCUACGGAAACCAGGGCGGAGGAUUUGGUAGCAGUGGUGAUGGAGGAUAUGGAGGUAAUCGAGGAGGAUAUGGAGGGGGUGGAAAUUACAACGACUUUGGGAAUUAUGGUGGGCAGCAGUCAAACUAUGGGCCAAUAAAGGGAAACAACUUCGGUGGUAGAAACUCUAGCGGACCCUAUGGUGGUGGCUACAGCUCCGGAGGCAGUGGCGGAGGCUACGGGUCACGGCGGUACUGAACACAGCAUGCUUUCGAUGUGGAAAUGGGCAUUCUCUUCUUGCUGAAAAGCUGUAAAGACCUGAUAACAUGGAAGGUUCUGGAUGGGUAAGACAUUUUUUGACAUAUUAUGCAAGGUUUUACAAUCUGAUUGAGUAGUACUGGUUGUUAUGACUCAAGGUCUUAUAUAAAAAUGUGUCUUGAAGAUGGCAGAAUAAUGCCCUGUUUUUAUUCACCAAUUCUUGAUGUUUUAUUAUGCUUUCAUUGUCAGACAGGUCUUUGUAGUGACAAAUUAAAUCAUGCAUUGGCAUAAAAGUCCGUGAAAUAUUUUUACAGUGAAAUCAGACUCAAUUUUAUCUCCAUUCCCCCUGUGCAAAAGAGAACAUGUUUGAACAGAUUGACUCCGUUUGUGCAGUUUUGCCAACUUUUGACCAGGUACGACUGACACUAAGUAUGCAGUCUGAGUCUGUUUGGCCUAAUUCAAAAAGCAUGUUUUCGCUUAAGAGGUAUGAAGCGAAGGCACUAAGGUAAAGAACAAUUUUGCUACAUAAAAGCUAGUUGAGGAACUUUAAGGUCUAAAUAAGAGCAUAGAAGAAAAACAGAUAGCAUCGGCUUUAUCACAAUCUCUCUGAUUUGCCUUUUCGUCAACACAUUUUGAUCUUUCAUGAUUCAGUUUCGUUAUAUUACCCAGCCCUACUCAGACUUAAAAUAACAUGUCAACAUUUUCUGUUAUGUAGAUAGUAGAUGCUAGCUCUAGGUAUUAAUAAAAGACCUGUUGUUAACUUAGAGGAAACCCAAACAGUGAGAUGAAAACCAAAAGCUUCUCAGUCUUUGGUGGAAAUUACUCCCUUUUGGUGUUCAGUUUCAGUUAACUCACUAAAAAAAGCGCUGACGUUUGUAUCUUCUUAAACUCCCAAUAAUCUCUAAAUUAGACCUGAAGCACCAGUAUUCCAAACAGGCCGAGACUGAUCGUUGUGUUUUGACAAACACCGUUCUCCACUUGCAGCUGCGAGACCAUGUUUUAAUAGAGGUAUCAGGAACAGCCUGUUUUCUUCUUCCCAGCAAUGUUCGUCAGCAACAGCACGCCAGUGUUGUUGAACUGCUCUGAUUUUCAUGUAAACUGUGAUAUGUUGUUUUAUUUUUAAUAAACAUUUUUCCAUUA